CUUACCUAGAGAGAAGAGGAGGUGAUUGUUAGCUAUAUACUUCACCUAGAUCAGCGUGGAUUUGCGCCUACCUACGCAGCUGCACGUGAUAUGGCUGAUAAGCUGCUGGCUGCACGCGGCGCUGGCCAGGUUGGGCAGAAGUGGCCAGCUAACUUUUUUAAGCUUGUAGAAGAGACAAAGGCUAAGCAGGGUAUCUGCAAUAAGGACGUCUAUAACUUUAAUAAAGCUAGCUUUAUAAUAGGCAAGAUUACAACGCAGCUGGUUAUAACAGGAGCAGAGAGGAGAGGCAGGCCAAAGACUCUUCAGCCAGGCAAUCGCGAGUGGGUAACGCUGAUCGCUGCUAUUAGCGCUGCUGGCUGGUCAGUGCCACCAUUCCUCAUCUUCGCUGGUCAGUACCACCUAUCAGCCUAGUAUGAAGAGGAUAUCCCACGCGACUGGGCAAUCGCAGUCAGCGACAAUGGCUGGACGAAUAAUAAGCUUGGAGUUGAGUGGCUAAAGCACUUCAACGCUCACACGCAGGCUCGUAGUAUAGGCGCGCGUCGCCUGCUUAUUAUU